GACGCCAAGCAAGUUCACGGUCUUUAUGACCGUGAACUGGGGCUAUUGAACAUGAAUCCAGGAGAGUGAAGCGGUGCAUUUUGAACGACACUGAGUUCACGGACGCGUUUAGGUGUUCACGGCCGUGAACUGGUCACUUUCGGGCAAAUAUGAAGACAACACCGGGGAGAGAAGGGGUGGGAGCUAUUUUUUGGAGAGAAAUUCAAUUCCCUCUCUAGGGUUUGCCCAAAAACACCAAAGGGGAGUUCUAGUGAGUGAGAGAGAGAGAGAGAGAGAGAGAGAGAGAGAGAGAGUGUGUGUGUUAGAGUGAUCUUGGAGCAUCAUUGGAGGCUUGGGUGGAUCUUGAAGACAAGGAUUCGAGCCUAGAAGAAGAAGAAGAAGAAGAAGAUAUUGAGCUCAAAUUUGUAAUCCCUCUCUUCUCUCUCUAGAAACUCACUCUUUUCUCUUGGGUGUUGCAGAUCCCUAACUAAUACUUUGUAGUUACUUGUUUAGAUUGAAUGAUUUUGUAUGGGUUUGCAUCAAUUUGAGUAUUAGAGGUGUUAUCAUGGUGAUUGUGUUUAGUUGCGCUUUCCAAAUCUUGUGUGCUUGCCUGACCUAGAUUAGAGGAAAUCCACACCUUUUUAGGUAGGCUUGACAAGCUUGGUUUUCCUGGGCACAUUGUGCCUACUAUAUAGGUUAGAGAUGAGAAUCCCCCUUGACUCAAGUUUGCAUCUAGGUUGGUUUUGAUUAAGCCGCUCAAACUCCGGUUUGAGGGAGAGACCUAGGCAACCCCUAGAGACUGAGUGAGAGGAUAGAUUCCGUGACAAAUCGAUCUCUAGUGAAUCCAUCCCGUGACAAAUGGAUCACUAGUUGCUCCUUGACUCACUCCUACUGUCACUCUAGAAAAUGGCCAAGUGCAACCACUUCCUAAAGCGUAGUAUAGCGGGUUUGGUUUUAAUGUCAACCCGGGUCCUAGAAGUGAUGACUACUCAGCGAAUUCUUAUUAUUUAGCGGUGAAACUUUAGUGCAGGUUCAAACAAGCAAAGCAAUUAAACGGUUGUUUUCAAGUCGAGAGAGGUCACCCGAAUAUGGUUCCCCCUAGACUGCAGUUGAGCCGGAUUUUAAUUUACCAAGUUCAGUUUUAAUGAUAGUUAUACUGGAGGAGGUUCUUAAGCAGUCUGAAGUCUCGACUAAAGGUCUCCAGACCCUCUCAAUCUGAGUCCCCAGCAGGCGACUAACCUCCACCGGAGUAAACAGAUUGAGGCCCUAACGAACAAAACCUCCACUACCGAAGUAAACUCAGUACAGAAUAGUGAAUUGGCUCCUUGACUAAAGUCACCAAUUCACUACCUUCAAUUAAGGGUGCUCUAUCAACCUAGGCAGAUAUUCUCUUUCUAGGUUAAAGCAGAAACAACAAGAAUUUGAUCAGGAUUCAUGCCAUUCAAUCAUUCAAACCUCAAUUGAAUAUAAUCAUAUCAUAGAAUCUGUACUUUGGUUCAUACAAUCAGACCUAACAUACAAAUCUAGAGUUCUCCAUACCUAGACGAAUAAGAAAACUACUCCAUAGAGAGAGAUGGGAAAUCUAGCUCAGAUGCGGAAACCAUACUAUGAAGGAUGAUAAUCUGCUUCUGGCGCUCAAUCGGAUCUUCUCCAAGCUCAAGCCGGGCUCCAAUGGUGAUGAAGAUCAAGCUAGGGCACUUGGGAACUCUGGUUCGUCACUUUCUCUCUCUAAGAAUCGCUCUAUCUCUCUAAAACUUGGAACCCCUUCUCCUUUGGCUCAAAUCUGCCUAAAAGGCCGACCCUGGGAAAAACACGGUCGAGGGCACGGCCGUGCUUUGGUUUUGCCCGCCGGUGUUUUGCCCCGUGCUAAAAACACGCCCGCGUCGGCCAAAACACGGUCGUGUCUAAAUAUGGACACGACCGUGUUUUGCUUUAGGCCAGCCCGUGUUUUGCUUUUCCAUCAGUUCAGCUCUCGGCAAUAAAAAUACUGGUGUACUUGUUUGUGUACACGGCCGUGUUUUGGUUUAGGCCAGCCCACGCUUUGGCCCCAGCUCGACCGAAUGACUUCCAAAUGCCCCGAAACUCGUGCUUAGCCUUUCCUUCGACGUCUGGGACCUGAAAUAUGACAAAGUAGCACAACUCGGCGUGAAACGGGCCAAAAAUACACGACUACUCGCCGCAAACGGAUAAGAACUAAGGGUGCAAACAUGUGCAAAUACAUCGCUAUCAAAUUCCCCCACACUUAACCGUUUGCUUGUCCCCAAGCAAACCUAACUCAAACCAAUGCAACUCUCCAGACCUCUAUAGCAACAAACAACCGCGAUCGUCGGUAGAGGAUUUUCUAGAUCAUAACGCAGCUUACGAGGUCAACUGGUCUUCUAAGACAUCCCCUAUCUCUCUCAAUGCGAGUACUAGACUCAAGCCAGGAUCAUGAGAAGAAGUAGAAGUAAGACAAUUAGUUUAUGGAUAAAGGGACUCACACUAUUCACAAUCAAGGACUCGCGAUACCGGGGUGGUCUUUCACUUCAUUUCACCGUUGGAACCCCUUUUUCACUUUCAUUUUACUUUUUUUUUUCUUUUUCAUUCACUUGGCGGGGGUUCCAACUGCAGUCUCUUACACGGUCGACCCUUAUUAGUCGAGCAAGAGCAAUUUCUGUACAUCUAGCGCUCGUUAGAGUACUUCUUUUAACUCCUUUUCCUCAACUCGUGUGGAGGGUCAAUGAAAUUAAGGGGGGUCGGAAGCUCUAUCCGUGCCCUUAAAAACACAUCCUCAAGUAGGCAAACCGUUUAACGGGUGGAAGUUUUACUUAUACUAGAGACGGCUUAGCUGCACCUUGUAGGAGUACCCCACUAAGGAUCACUAAAAUCUCUUCCAAACCCCGAUUUUUGUGCAAUGAACAGUGCCGCACACGUUGGGCUUACCCCAUGUUUAAGAUUUAAAGAUUUUGACAUGGAGGACCAACUGCAUUUCAUUUUUCACAUGAGCACCCUAUUCGAUACACGAGUCCAUAACACAAUCCAAAUAGAGUCACCAUUAUCACAUGAAUUCAACGGUCCUAGCUCCACCAAUUCACAAAAUCAACUGGCACAAUAGAGAGCUAGAUAGGAAAAAUCUUAUACUUCAACAUCCUCCAUAGUGCUACACUACCUCCCUAGGUUGCACCUUACUAUAGAGACUGUCAAUUCAAAGCAUACUGCGCAGGCAAUUUGCAAGGAAACACGUACUUGGAGCCCUCAAAUUUAAAAAUUUGGACAUUGGACUAGGCUCCAAGCACACAAACAGAUCUAAUGCAGUCAAAAGAGAAACAUUCCCCCACACUUAAGAUCGACAUUGCCCUCAAUGGAGAAGAGGGAAAGAUAAGGGGAACGAUGUUACCGGUGUGCACGGACUACAUGAGAGUGGAAGUGUACCAGUCUGAGCAAAGAGGACCGGAGAGGGGAUCAAUCAGGGACAAAGCAGAGCUAAAGGGAACAGAAGAACUCAAACACAAUAUGUUAGGUCCAAUGGUCAGCCCAAUAAUACAUCAUCCAAAACAAAAGAAAACAAACCAAAACCA